CGUCAUUGGCCCGUUAGACAAACCAAAACAUGGCGGCUGCCAUGGAGCUGAGAUGCUGGGGAGCAGACUGGGGUUUACCUUCUGUUCACACCGAGUCCCUCAUAGUUCUGGCCUACACCAAGUUUUCUGGGGCAAAAGUCACAGUUUCCCCGGUAGACUGGACAUGGAAAACAAUCACAGCGACCAUCCCAGAAUUGCUUUUUGGAGACUCUGCAGUUCAGGAACCUACACAGAUUCUUAACUUUCUGAGGAAGCAGAGGUUUAACGCAGACUAUGAGCUGACAGCCAGACAAGGAGCAGACACAAUGGCCUACAUCGCUUUGCUGGAAGAGAAACUGCGACCAGCUCUGUUGCACACUUUCUGGGUGGAUGCAGAAAACUACUCCAAUCUAACGCGGCCGUGGUUUGCCUCACGCUCACCCUUCCCGCUGAACUUUCUCGUGCCAAGACGUCUCGCCGGUGGCGCCCUCUCCCGCAUCCUUUUAACUACAGGAGAGGCGCCGCUGCACAGAAUCUCUGAGGUAGAGGGAAAGAUCUACAGUGAUGCUAAAGAGUGCCUGAACUUGCUCUCCUACAGGCUGGGAACAGCAAACUACUUCUUUGGCAACUCGCCAACCAGUCUGGAUGCCUUUGUGUUUGGUUUCCUUGCUCCCCUUCACAAAGCCAGUCUUCCCAGCAGCCCUCUGCAGAGCCAUCUCAGACAGCUGGAUAACCUUACAAGCUUUUGCGACAACAUCCUCUCAGUGUACUUCAGCUCGGACCACCCUUGUAAGAUUGCUGCAUACACUGGUCCUCCCCCACCUAUUCCGGACACAAUGGAUGCCAACCUCCAGAAACUAACUCAGCUUGUAAACAAAGAGUCCAAUUUGAUAGAAAAGAUGGAUGACAACCUGCGCAGCAGCCCACAGCACAAACCCCACAGACCCGAGCCCAAACCCAGUCUGUCCACUGCAAAGAGCUCUACCCCUGCUUGACACCUGACCUUUAAAUCCUGAUCCAGCUUUAUGAAUCACAGAGCAACACCCUGCAGACGAAAUGUGCUGUUCUGAACCUGACUUAAAAAAAAAAACAUAUAUGGGAGCAUAACUAUGUAACUACAAGAGGCUAUUUUGACAUAAUGAUGAGUUUUUGUCUGGAAGAGAAGUAAGGGUGCAUGUGAGGCUUUUAAAAAAUGAAGAGUGCAUGUAUGUGGUCAAGGAUGGGAAUGCUAUGAAGUGGUGCUUGAUGAGAAAGACACAGAAAGUCCAAAGGGAACGAAAAGUCCAGCAGGGAAAAUAAGUGGCACUGUUUAACCUCUGAGUGGACCAGUUGGCAUAUUUUCUUUCAACCUUUUACUGCUUUUGUUUUGUUUAAGGGACACCUUAGAAACCUUGGGGACUACAAUAGAGCACUUUUAAGCUAGAGCACCAACAUGUUUUACCAUGAAGGAUUUCUGAUCCUUUAUCACCUGCCUGAGCGCUCGUCCUUCUUCAAAUCCACUUUAAAAUGUUCCCUAAAUUCUAUUAACAUUUGAAUCGGUGUAAUGUACAUGACUAUAAGAGUAACUUAUUUAACUUUGCUGUCAGCUCCUCUGCUGUGUACAUCUUGUAUAGUUGUAAAUACUGUUAUAAGGAUAAUCAAUGAAAUUCCUGUUUCCUCUGUAAAGGAGCAGCUUGUUCAAAAUGUUAGACACAGAGAUGAGAGAAGGGCCUUACACUGUGUUAAGCUAUCCAUGCAUUAUAUUUGGAGUUAAUCUGUGUUUGUGUGACCUGAGGAUCAUUGUGUUUUUUUUUUGUUGUUGUUUUUUUUAAUCAUGUUGCAUUAAUAAUCUACUCACUUCUGUUGCUUUAUUUUUUCCCACUGCCAAUUUUGCUCCAUUAGUUUUAUUUUGAUUUGCUGCUGUUAUAAUUUGCAGUGCUGCAGACUGAAGGGUGUGGGAAUGUCUCAUAAGCUGUCUUUUGUUUUAUUUUUUUUUUUUUUACACUCUAAUUUGGACCACAAAGUUAGAAAUAUCCACCAAAGCUUGUCUACUCCAUGUGAUUCCUUUUAUGACUUCUGUGCACCGCAGACCCUCGAAAGCACCGUUCUCUGAAACAGAUGUGUUCACUGGGGUGCGUUUGCUGCCGGUCAGUGCAGUUUGUCGUUUUGUAGGGACCGUAAGGGAAAAGUGUGCCUUCAUGACUGCUCGUGUCUUGUACAAGUGUCAAAAUGCUAUGUGUCAUUUUGAUAUACAUGUCAAAAAUUAUAUUUGUAAUUUCUGUUGCUCAUAAUCUGUAACUGUCUCUACAUUAUUGAA